CUUGAACUUUAUAUCUUUUUGCCGCGUGUGAUCUUGUCCUUUUAUAACACCCAUAAUCAUCUGACUCAACAAUUCCUCUAACCGAUCAUGGCGUUCAAGACCUCUGGAUGCUUUCUCAUGGCGAUCAUCUUCUUCUUCAUCACUUCCAUAUCUUCUUCACAUCCUUACACCUUCCAAGUUGGUGGCAAAGAUGGCUGGACCCUGCACCCAUCCGAAAACUACAACAAUUGGGCCGGCCGAUUGCGCUUUCUGAUCAACGAUACCCUCCAUUUUAAGUAUGAUGGUAGCUCAGACUCUGUUCUGGUGGUGAAUAGAAGUGAUUAUGAUGGAUGCAAUGGGAAUAAUCCCGUUUUGAAGCUCGAAGGCGGUGAUUCGACGUUUAAGUUUGAUCGAUCGGGUCCCUUUUAUUUUAUUACCGGGAAUAAGUCGAAUUGUGAUCAAGGUCAGAAACUGAUUGUGGUGGUUUUGGCUGUUAGAAACCGAUCACCGCCACCGUCGGCCGCUACUCCGCCUUCGCCUACGGCCCUUCCGCCAUCUCCCGAAAUAUCCCCUGUUUUUCCACCAUCCCCUGUUUCGACUCCUCCCGCGCCUUCGCCUGGAGGAGGGGCACCUACGCCCGGUGGCGGAGGCGCCCCUUCACCUGGAGGAGAAGGUGGUGCGCCUACUCCAGGUACUACUGGUGGAGGAGGAGGCGCUCCUCCUCCAGGGACUGGCACUGGCGGAGGAGGCGCCCCUUCUCCAGGUAGUGGCGGCGGUAAUAAUCCGUCAGCGGACACUACAUCACCUCCGCCCCCAUCGGCCGCAACAUCACCACUUUCUGGUGGCUUAACUGCAUUAGGUGUAACGGUUAUCUUUGCUUUAUGGGGGAUUUGAAACAGAAAUUUUAAGGAUUCGAUUAUGUAUAAAUGUUGGGGAGUUUUGUUGAUGGAUUUGUUUGAGUGUCAUUGUAUUGUAAUAUAUUGUUGGAUUGAUGUAAGUAGGAGAAUGCUUAUA